UAUAUCUGUCUGCAGAAAGGCAUUCAAAUUUGAAUCAUAAGAAGACCCAAAAGGUUAUAGACUGAAAACCGAAUCUUUGUAGCAGAAAAAAUUAAUACAGGUUACAGAUAAAAACAAAGACUUUAAAUUUAGUUUUUAAUCUCUUUGCUUAAAGUACCUUUCUUAACCCAUAAGAUGCUCUUAGUUUUAAAUUAUAUAUACUUAGAGUAUAUUAAAGGGGAAAAUUGAAAUGAUUAAAAUUCAAUUAUCAGGAAUCCUUUAAACUGUACAACCCUUAUAUUGUGAAAAAAUAUUAGGUAAUUAAAAUUAAAAAAAUAUUUAUUCAUGGUUACAAUGAAUAUGGUUUUACCUCACAUAACUUCCCUUGGUGCACUUGGUUGUCUUGUCACUAUAAUAACAGCAUUUGCCACACCAGACUGGGCUUACAACCCAGAAAUUGACUUCAGAACUGGUCUACACAUUUAUUGUAAUGGAACACGCUGCUAUGGAUAUGGAAAAGAAGAUAAAUAUGGUUGGUUUGCUGCAGUGCAUGCCUUCAUGUGGAUUUGCAUCUUCACAUUCUUUUUCGCAUUGGUGUUUAACACCACAUACUCGUAUUAUACUUUGAAAAAUGGUGAUGAUAUAAACGCAUUGGGAAUGGCUCAUGCUCUCGUCUUUACAGUUGCAGGAAUUCCUGGUAUUAUUGCCAUGGCAAUUUUCAGUUCAUUUUGCCACUCUCCGAAAAUCUAUGGUUACUCUUACUGGCUUGGAUGGACAGCAUGUCUGUUGUGUUACACCAUAGUAGCACUAAUACUUGCAAGCUGCACUAGGAGGUAUAAGAGGCUGAAAACAAAACCCAAGCACAUCUGCGGAAUAUACAGAUCUGAUGUAAUUUCUGAUCACUUGAAUAUAAAUUAA